AUGACUACAGUACCUCUUACUAACGAUGUUACUGACACAUCGUCGCGGCGUCACGAAAGCGAGUCCUUUCGACGGUCGUCGCAGGAGCGCAAGGAAGACGUCGCGGCGUCUAAUAACCACCUGUCUCGCCAUGUGUCCAAGACGACUUUUGCGUCUCUUAUACGACAGCUCGUUAACGUCCAAAACAAGACCCAUCCCUCUCCGUCCCACGACCCCGCGCCUUGCCUGCCGAACCUGGGCAAACUCCGAAGCUCGCUGUCUGCCGAGCCUCCGUCCGUUCCUCCAACUCUCCGUCUCGUUCCUCCUGGCUCGGGGAUCAUUGGGUGCUCUCAACUGCAAGCUCAGGGCUCGUACGGUCACUGCGCGCCGAGCUACCUCCAACCUAGAAGAGUGUGUCCCCAAUGGGAGCAACCUCACAUCCCAUCUCAGAGCGUCUUCGAGGUCCUUGCGGCGCAAGCGCUGACAAUGGCUUGCGCUCAGCAGGGGGAGCGAGCAGCGGAGGGGCAGCUAAUACCGCGGAAACGGUCGCACGGACGCGAACACAGAGACGUGCAUAGAGAGGGGCAUGGACAGAAAGAUAGAGCACACAAGGCGGAUGAUCUUGGGCAGUUGAGCAAGAGAGCAGAGCAAGCCACUGCUUUGGUAGAGGUAACAGCUGGGACAGAGGCAGUGGGAGGGACUGUGGCACGGGCACGGCCAAAGUCAAGCGCAGGGACGGAUGCAGCAGCACGGGUAGAGGCAGCAGCAGGAGAGAUGGAGGCAGGUGGAGUCUUAUUUGAAAGCGGUGGCUCAAAUCCCAGCGCCCCGCCUAACUCCCAGCUGGCUCAGGCUGCUUGUCUAUUGGCUCAGGAUAGUGUAGGCCUCGCCUCUCAAUCUCAGCCGUCCGAUGGUGAAGAGAUUUGUCUGAUGGGAAUAGAGGCGCUGGAAGCUGUGCUGGCGCUGAAAAGACGGGAGGAGGAAGGGGUGGAGGAGGAGAGGGAGGGGAUUGAGGGGAUUGAAAUGGAGAAAGAGGAAGAGGAAGAGGAAAAGGAAGAAGGUGAUGAUGCUGUGAGUGUAGACCGUAUUGUGGUUCUUCGCGGGGCUGCUCAUAUAGGGGAUGCUAAAAUAGCGGAGGGUGAGGGGGAAAUGAAUGGGAAAGAGGGUGAGAACGACGCACGCCUGGAGCUAGGAAAGCAGAUGCAGAUAGAGGGCGAGGGCGACACACACCUGGAGCUAAAAAACGGGAAAGAGGGAAAUCAGAUGCAGAUAGACGAGUCAAUCGACGCACUUCGAGUCAAGGCAGAAGAGGUUUUUGGAAUUUCGCAGAGAUCUUUCGUUAGGGCAGAGGAGGUGGGGGCAGGGGCGGUGGAGACGAGGCCAAGGGUGGCGGAUCAGGACCAGAAGCACCCUCGGGGAAUGAGGAGAGUGAGAUCAGCAGGUAUGGGUCACGCGGAAUCAGUUGAAGUGGCAGGAGGUGGAGAAGGGGUGGGGUUUGGGGGAGAUUUUGGGUUUGGAGGAGGGCUUGGGUUUGCAGGAGGGGAGCGAGAGCGCGCUUUCACGUUGCUGCAGCCGCCGCCGCUGCUGGUUGACACUUCUGUGGGAAGGUUCGAGGAAGGACAAGCGGAGGUGAAGGAGCAAUGGGGCGAAAGGAACAGGCAGGGAGCGGGGGAAAGGGUUGGGGGGGAGGAGGGUCGAUUGGCGAGGAAUGUGUCUGGUUCUGCCUGUCAGGAGAUUCCUCAGGCGCCUUUUGAGGCGCCUCAAAAGGCGGAGGAGGGUCGAUUGGCGAGGAAUGUGGCUGGUUAUGUCUAUCAGGAGAUUCCUCAGGCGCCUCAAAGGGCUGAAGCAGCGGAACGGGCUGAAGCAGAGGAACGGGCUGAAGCAGAGGAACGGGCUGAAGCAGAGGAACGGGCUGAAGCAGAGGAACGGGCUGAAGCAGAGGAACGGGCUGAAGCAGAGGAACGGGCUGAAGCAGAGGAACGGGCUGAAGCAGAGGAACGGGCUGAAGCAGAGGAACGGGCUGAAGCAGAGGAACGGGCUGAAGCAGAGGAACGGGCUGAAGCAGAGGAACGGGCUGAAGCAGAGGAACGGGCUGGAGAAGAGGAAAGGGCUGAAGCAGGGGAACGGGCUGAAGUAGGGGAACGGGCUGGAGCAGAGGAAGCGGAUGGAGCAGAGGAAAGAGCUGAAGGGGAGAAAUCAGAUGGGGCAGAGGAAAGAGCCGAAGGGGGGGAAGCGGAUGGAGCAGACGGAAGGGCUGGUGGAGGGGAGGCAGAUGAAGCAGAGGAAAAGGCUGGUGGCCAAUCCCUAGAGUACAUGUCACCGUCGCACCCUUCCUCCUGCUCCACACUCCCCCUCACUCACUCCCCUCCCUUGGCCACCACCCCUUCUUCCUCCAACUAUCCCUCUCGCUUUACCACUCCAGCCCAUCCCCCGCUCCCACACUCCUUCCUCAACACCCCUGCUUCCACCACCCGCUCCUCCCUACACCGCCCUUUCUCCCUGUACCGCCCAAUAUCACCCUCAAACCGCUCCCUAUCCUCCAAAACGCCUUACAGUCCGUCCUCGUCGACCCUUUCUCCCGCUCUGCCUGCAACGCAAAGAGCAGCUUCGUCCUCAGCAGGGGGCUCCCAACCUGUUCCGGCCGCCGCAGCAGCUGUAGCAGGCUCCGGCUGUAGCAGCGUUCCCGUCAGUGCUGCUACUGCUGGAUUCAGAUCGGCAGGUUCCAGCUGUAGCAGCGUUCCUGCCAGUGCUGCUACAGCCGGGUGCAAGUCGGCAGGGUCCGGCAUGGCGGUGGGCAGCAGCAGGAUGAGCAGCUUCAGCGAGUUUAGCCUGCCUCCUAACGCCCUGGAUGAAGAGAGGACCGGCUGUAGCCGUGUUGCUCUCAGUGCUGCUACAGCCGGAGGGUGCAGGUCAGCAGGGUCCGGCAUGGCGGUGGGCAGCAGCAGGAUGAGCAGCUUCAGCGAGUUUAGCCUGCCUCCUAACGCCCUGGAUGAAGAGAGGAACCAUGCAGCAUGGCAUGGGGCGCUGAGGCUCAGUGGCGGGAGCAGGUAUGGCACUGCCAGAUGUGCCACUGCUGAGUGUGACACUGCCAGGUGUGACACUGGCGGAUGUGACCCUGCCAGAUGUGACUCUUCCAAGUCUGACCCUGCCAGAUGUGACUCUGCAAGGUGUAAUUCUGCCCCUUCACAAAACGAGAAAGAAAAUCAGGGUCUGUUGCUAGGGAAGAGAGUUCUGGGCGGGCCUGCAGCAGAAGGAGGGGUAAGCUACGGGUGGGGCGUGGGGCUUUUGAGGCUUGACGACGCUCUGAAGCACGGAGGAAGCGAGGAUUUGAGUGAGCACGGCGCGGCCAGCUCGAGUGGUGAGUCGUCUCAAACCUCUGCUGUUGAGUCGACUCAAAAGCACGGGUGGGGCGUGGGUCUUCUGAGGCUUGACGAUGCCCUGAAGCACGGAGGAAGCGAGGAUUUGAGUGAUCACGGUGGGGCCAGCUCGAGUUGUGAGGCGUCUCAAGCCUCUAGUUACGGCUGGGGCGUGGGGCUGUUGAGACAGAGAGACGCUCUGAGGCAAGGAGGAAGGGCGGAAGAGAGGAUGAGAGAUGCUGGGAAUAGUAUGAGUCAGCAUGCGGGUGCUAUGGAGCAGGGGGGUGAGGAGGAACGGAGGAUGGAAGGGACCUUGGCUCAGAGCAGGGGUGGUGGGGAGUUGGGCAAGGGACAAACGGGGCAUGAUAUGGGUACAAGCAGCAGCAGGGCUGGUGAGGGAACAAGCAUUGGAGAGAGCAGCAUUGGAGGGAGUGGCUUCGUGGGGAGCAGAAACAAUCUGCUUGCGAUGCUGGUCUCGCUACAGCAGUCGCGCAGUCAGCAGGAUUCUGAGGCCGUUCAUAACGAGGACAGGCAUGCAGUGGGCUCGAUGGGGAGAAGGAAGGGGGGCAGCCGGGGGAGAAGCAAGCGAAGCCGGGGGGAGCGGUCCGUGAGGAGUAAGGGGUUGGUUGGACGGAUUGAGGAAGAGGAGGGAGAGGAAGGGGAGGAACGAGAGGAGGGGAGCGUGGGGAGAGAGGAGGGGAGGGGGAAGAAGGAGGAGGAGGGAAAAGGGGAGUGUAAGGAUCUUCAUAGUCUGGUGCACGAAUGGCUGGAGAUGGAAGGAGAGGCUGAGCUGGCGAGCGGCGAUUCGCCAAUUCUGGACAUAAUAACGCUGACAGCCGUGGGUAGGGAGGAGAGGGAGUUGGCUCACCAGUCUACUUUUGAGGUGCCUCAAAAGUCGCUUGCCACAGCGCCGGCUGCUGUGUCUGAGGGCCUGGGAAGCGUGGGUAGGGAGGAGAGGGAGUUGGCUCACCAGUCUACUUUUGAGGCACCUCAAAAGUCGCUUGCCACAGCUCCGAUUGCUGUGUCUGAGGGCGUGGGGAGCGUGGGCAGGGAGGAGAAUAAGGAGUUGGCUCACCAUUCGCCCUGGUUGCGUGAGAGGGGGUCGAGGGAAGAGUGUGUGGUGUUGCUGCCCCUGGAGAUGGCGAGAGGGGGAUGUGAGGCUGGGCCUGGUAUGAGUGCCAAUGCUGCUCCUUUGGAAACAUUUGAACGGCAGGGUGACACAUUUGAAUCUCCACAGCAGCUGCCUCUAGCCAUGGCGCGGGGAGGUUGUGAGGUUGCCUCUUGGGAGAUAUCCCCAAGGCAGGGUGAAGCGUUUGAACCGCCUCAGCAGCUGCUGCCCCUGUCUCUAGCGCGGGGGGGAUGCCAGAUUGGACCUUCACAGGCGUUGGAGGGGAAAGGCGAGUUGGGGGAAGAGAAGGAGGAGGAAGAGAUGGAGGGAGAAACGAGGGAGGGGGAAGAGAGGGAAGGGACUGGGGAAGGGAGUGGGACGGAGGGAGGAGAGGGAGGUGAGGGCAGAGGGGGGAGGGAAGAGAGCAAUGGAAAGGGCGGAGGGGGAGAAGGGGGAGCAGGGGGAGAAGGGGGAGCAGGUGGGGCAGGCGGAGUGGGGAAUGAUGGGGAGGAGGGUGAUGGAGGGGAGGGUGAUGAAGUGGGGAAUGGUGGAGUGGGAAGUGGGAAUGGGGAUGGAGGGGAGGAAGGGGAGGAUGGGGAGGAGGAGGAUGGCGGUUGUGAGAGAGAGGAGGGGGUUGAAGAAGACCAGGAGGAAGAAGGGGUGGAGGAGAAUGAGGAGGGUGAGAGAAGGGCAGAUGAUGACGAGGCUUUGCAGGAAAAGGGAGAGAAGUCGCGGGUCUGUAGCCAGCAUGAGGGAGAGGCAGCGUCAGGAACAGAUUCCGAGGCGCCUAAAACAUUGGCAGAUGAGGAGGUUUUGCAGGAAAAGGGAGAGAAGUCUUUGCUGUUACGUAGGCAGCAGGAGGGAGUGGUAGCGGCAGGGACAGUAGCGGAGGUGAGAGUGGGAGAAGCAUCAGAUGUUGAGGCAGAGGAGGCAGUGGAGAUAGCUAAUGCGCUCACUGCAGGUUAUGCAGCGGCAGAGGUUGCUACCACUGAGAGUCCCAGCAAUUCGGAACCGGGGUCCUUUGAGUCGACUCAGGAGGUGACUUUUGAGUCGACUCAAGAGGGGUUUGCAAGGCCUGCUGGCUCUGAAGCAGCAGUGGUGGCAAUGGCAGCUGAUCAACUCACUGCAGUACAAGCCGCGGCAGAGGUUACGGAAAGCCCAGAUUAUUUCGAACCAGGGUCCUUUGAGUCGACUCAGGAGGGGAUUUCAAGCCCUGCUGAGAUUGCUUCUACACAAGAUUUGUUCGAUUCAGCUCGGGAGGGGUUUGCAAGCCCUGCAGAGUUUGCUUCUGCUCAAGAUUUGUUCGAUUCAGCUCGGGAGGGGUUUGCAAGCCCUGCUGACAUGGCUCAAGUUUCAGUUGAGUCGAAUCAGGAAGGGCUUGCAAGCCCUGCAGAGUUUGCUUCUGCUCAGGAUUUGUUCGAUUCAGCUCGGGAGGGGUUUGCAAGCCCUGCUGACUCGGCUCAAGUUUCAGUUGAGUCGAAUCAGGAAGGGCUUGCAAGCCCUGCUGAGUUUGCUUCUGCUCUGGAUUUGUUUGAUUCAGCCCGGGAGGGGUUUGAAAGCCCGUUCAGCACCGAACAGGUGUUCUUUGAGGCGACUGAGACGGGUUGCGAGUGUACAGAGAAUGCUAAUAACGGGUCGGGGUUGAGAGUGGGAGAUGCACCGGGUGGAAAGGUUGUGUUCGGGAAGGGCAUGGAAGACAGAGAGGAGUCCGGGUUGACAGUGGGAAAUGGAGCAGGUGGAGAGGAUAUGGUGGGUGCGAGGGACAUGGAGAGGGGUGUGGCAGAGGCAGAGGUGUCAGGUUUGAGCGCGGGUGAUAGAGCGGGUGGAGAGGCUAUGAUGGAGGCACGGGAGAUGAUGGAGCGAGUGGGGCUUGUGGGCAUGCUGCUGAGACGAAUUCGGGCCCAGUUGGGUAGGCAAGACGUGGAGGAGGGGUUGGGAGACGGAGUGGGGAUGGAAGUGCGGGGAGGGGAGGAUGAGAGGGAGGAAGUGGAGAGAGCGGAAGUGGAGAGGGAGGAAGUGGGGGGAGGGGAAGAAGAGAGGGAGGAGAAGGGCAGAGUGAAAGAAGAAAGGGAGGAAGUUGGAAGAGGGGACGUAGAGAGGGAGAAAGUGGGGAGGCGGGAAGAAGUAAAGGAGGAAAUUGGACAAUGGGAUAAAGUUGGAAGAGGGGAGUUAGAGAGGGAGGAAGUGGGAAUAGGGGAAGAGGAAAGGGAGGACGAGGGGAGAGAGGAAGUGAGGAGAAAGCAGAGAGAGGAGUGUGAAGUGGAGGAGUCAAAGAGAGGAGGGAAGCAGGCGUGGCAGGAGGAGGAGAGGGUGGAGCGGUUGGAGCAACUGCUGCUGCGAAUCAAGGCAAGGCUCGUUCUCGUCAACUCAUCCGCUGCUGCUGCUUCUGGAACAUCUGAGUCGACUGCUGUCAAUGCAGCAGCAGCUGCUGCUCACCCUUCGUUAGAAGCACAUCCCCUUGUGCCAGAAGAUCCUUCCCUCGCUGCAGCCACAUCCCAAGCUCUUUCAAAUGGCAUCUCCACCUCUCCUGCCUUGUCCUCCGAUCUCCACUCCCCCUCCUCCGAUCUCCACUCCCCCUCCUCCGAUCUCCACUCCCCCUCGUUACAGUCAGAUUCUCCCUCGUUAGAGUCACAUGCCUCCCUGCGAGCAGAUGUUUCCCUCACAGCAGCCACAUCGCAGGCGCUCUCAAACGCCAUCUCCAUCUCUCCUGAUUCAUCCUCUGACCCUCAGUCCCCUUCCUCAGUCCCCUUCCAGUCCCCCUCCUUAGUAUCGCACGCCUCAUCAGUAUCACACGCCUCUGGGGGAACUGCUAGCAAAACGCCCCUUUUCACCUCGCGCCAGCAGCAGCACAAAGCACCCUUCUCUAUUUCUGACCCGCCUCAGCAGCACUCAGCAAGCGGGGAUAACACUGCAACCACCAGCGGCACACCCUCACCUUCUCUGCCAUCUGUCGAUGCACCCUCUACCUCUGCCUCCUCACUCGCCCCUCAUCAUGCCCCGUACCCUCCCCAUACCGCUCCUCUCCAUGCUCUUUCUGCCCAUACCCCUCCGCCCCAUGCUCCUCUCCCUCGUCCUCCUCCCCAUUUUCCUCCCCAGCCUUUCCCUGCAUCAGCCCCUGCAGGGCCUGCCCCAUACCCCACAGCAACUGCUUGGAACCUUCCCCCUGUAGACCUCCCUCCACCUGCUAUCGCUUUGGAUCCCAUCCCACCCCCUGCUAUUCCUCCUUUUGCUCCUCCUGCUUCUUCUAUUCCUCCUCAUGGCUUUCCCGACUCUCACCUCUCCACUUCUCCCUCCUUCCUCGCUCCUCCCCUCUCCGCUCUCCCCAUCUCACCCUCUCCUUCCUCACCCCCAACCCCUCCUGUUAACACCACCCCUUCCACCCCACCUAUGCUCUCUGCAUCCCCUGCUCUCAAUUCCACCCGCUUUCGAUUCACCCGAAAUUCACCCCUUCAGAAUUCACCCCUUGGGAAUUCACCCAGACAAUCCUCCCCUCCUGCUUCUAGAAUUCGACCUCCCUCUCCCCGCCGCCUCCUGUCCUCCCUUCAUAAGAUGCUCAGCCCAGGUGCCGGCUCAGGUGGAAUCUCAGGUGAAUUUCACAAAGCGCCUGCACUGGCUGUAGCAGGGAGUGCCUCCUCAGGUGUUCCAUCAGGUGAUCAGGUGGCUGUUGCAGCAGAACGAGUUCAAUCUCCAGUUGUAGCAGCAGCUACUGCUAGUUCAGUGGUGGCUGUAGCAGCAAGUAUCACUGCAGCAACUGUAGCGGAGGAUGUAGCAGGAGGGGUUCUCCCAGCAGUUGACAGCUCUUUCAGGGAUGUAGCAGCAGAUUUCCCUGCGCUAGUUGAGACCCAUGGCCCAGCUGUAGCAGAAAAUAUCCCCCCUGCAGCUGUAAUCCCUUGCAGGGAUGUAACAGCAGAUUCCCCUGCGCUAGUUGAGACCCAUGGGCCGGCUGUAGCAGAGGAGUCUCCCGCAGCAGCUGUAAGCUCUUGCAGGGAUGUAGCAGCAAAUUUCGCUGCAGGAGUUGAGACCCAUGGGCCGGCUGUAGCAGAGGAAAUUUUUCCCGCAGCUGGAAAUUCGUGCACAAGGGAAGUGGAGGAGAGGAAGGAUGGGCAGGAGGAGGAGGAGGGGGGAGAAGUGGAGAAGGGAGGGGAGGAGAUUGUGGAAGUGAAGGAGGAGAACAAGAAGUGUGACAGAAUCGAUGCAGAACAGGAGCGUGCAGAGAGAAUGGCAGGGUGUGAGUGGGUAGGGCUGCAUGAGGAAAGCACAUUUCCAGCUGAAGGAGAGGAAGAAAGAGAAGAAUCAGGUGGUGAGGAGGAGAGUGGUUAUGAUUAUGAUGGCGUAGGAACCUUGGAAUGUGAAGUAAAGGACGCUGUACCAGGCCUUUCAGAGGAAAGCAUUGCAAUCACAAGACCAGCAGCGUCAGGCGUUUCAGAAGGGACAGUCACACCACCUCUAUCCUCGUGCCUCUCCCCUCAGCCUUCCGCCUCCCCCUCCUCCACAUUUUCCCUUUCUCUCACUAUCGCCCUUGCUUCUCCUGACCCACCUUCGUCCCUCGUCACCGCCACACCACCACCCCUCUCCCUCACCCGCUCCCCCACCCCACCUCCUUCUCGCACACUCUCCCCUGCUCUAGCUGCCCUCAUGGCCACUCAACACAGCCUGCAGAGCCCCACACCACCGCCUCCUUCCCUCGCCAUCCCCACCACACCACCACCCCUCUCACUCACCCUCUCCCCCGCCCCGCCCGCUUCCAUCCUCCCCUCCCCCACUCUAGCUGCCCGCGUGGCCACUCAACACAGCCUGCACAGCCCCCCACCACCACUUCCUUCCCUCGCCACCCCCACCGCACCACCUAACGCCUCUCUCACCCUCGACCCCACACCACCACCCCCUUCCCUCCCUCUUUGCCCCGCCCCAGCCGCCCACGUGGCCACCCAAGACGUCCUGCACAGCGCCACACCACCACCUCCCUCCCUCGUCACCCCCACCACACCACCGCCCCCCUCACUCGCCCUCGCCCCCACACCACAGCCCCCUUGCUCUCUCCCCCUUUCCCCCUCUCUAGCUGCCCGUGUUGCCACUCAACACAGCCUGCACAGCCCCUCACCACCAUAUCCCUCCCUCGUCACCCCCACGCCACAACCCCCUUCCUCUCUCCCCCUUUCCCCCGCUCUAGCCGCCCGGGUUGCCACGCAACACAGCCUGCACAGCCCCCCACCACCACCUCCCUCCCUCGUCACCCCCAGGUCACAACCCCCUUCCCUCCCCCUCUCCCCCGCUCUUGCCGCCCGUGUGGCCACCCAACACAGCCUGCACAGCCUGCAAAACCUCCGGACCCGGCUGCAGCAGCAGCGAAUGGCGAUGCGCCAGCUGGCCGAAGAGACGAGCAGGCUGCGGGGGUGGCUGGGGAGUGCUGCUAAUGGAGGAAGUGGGUCAGGUGGAUCAGGUGGGUUGGGUGGGGUGGGUGGUGGUUCAGUUGGGUCAGGCGGUUUGGGUGGGACGGUAAAGUCGGGUGCUUUGGGUGGGUUGUCAGCAGGUGGUUCAGCUGGAGCUGUUAUUGGGGGUGUUGGGUCUAUUAGACGAAUUGCUGCUGGUACUGCUUCUCCUGCUGUGGCCGCUGUUACAUCUUCUGACUCUGCUGCUGCAUCUGCUGCUGGUGGUGUUGAUGGUGCUGCUGGUGCUGCUGGUGCUGCUGGUGCUGCUGCUGAUGUUUCCUGGGCGGCUGACUUGUCAUCACCUCCUGAGUCGCUUCUAAGUGGUGCUGACUCAUCAACUGGUACUGAAUCACCAAAUUAUGCCACUUCACCAACUGAUGCUGACUCACCAACUAAUGCUGACUCACCAACUGAUGCUGACUCACCAACUAAUGCUGACUUACAAACUGAUGCUGAUUCACCAACUAAUGCUGACGCUGCAGCGGGAGAGGUGACUGAAAGGAAGGAAAACGAUGGAAAGUCAGGGGCAGCUGAGACAGUCGAGGCAGCUAAAAAUUUUGAGACGCGUGAAGAAAAGGACGGGGGUGUGGAGCAGCUGCAUAAGGCGCAGUGCAAGUCAACUUUUGAGACGUCUCAAAAGUCACAUGAAGAAAAGGACGGGGGUGGGGAGCAGCUACAUGAGGUGCAGUGCAAGGCAGAUGAGGCCCGUGUCAAGGCGACUUGUGAGUUGACUCGGAAAUCUCUCGAAGUGAUGGGGGUGGGUGAGGCGCAAGGCACGGAUGUUUCAGAUUCUUGUGAAAAGGAAGGGGUUUCGAGUGAAGGAGGAGGAGGGGCGAGUGCAGGAGGGGAAGGAGGUUCCAAGUGCAGAGAAAUAAUUCUGGCUGAUACCACUGCUUUGGAUCCACCUGCUGCUUCUGGCACGGCAGCGGGCACAGUCGCUUCUCCUUCUGACGAAGCAACCAAUCCAGUUUGUGAGAUGCCUCGGAAACUCACUGCUUCUAAAACAGCAGCUGCUGUAACAGUUACGAGCUCAGUCGCUUUUGCUUUGGCCGAAACAGCCAAUACAGACUGUGGAACUCUUCGGAAACAGGCUGCUAGUAAGGCAGCAGCUACUGUAGCAGCCACAGUAGCUUCCGCUUUUGACAAAACAGGCAAUACCGCUGGUGAGGCGUCUCAGCAACAGGCUCUGCGAGGAGGAGGGACUGGGCUUAGAUUCGCAAGCAUCAUCCAAGUCCCAAGGCAGCGUGGAGCGAUCUGGUUUAGAUUCGGAAGAAUCGAAGGGUCACAGCAGCGUGCAGCAAGGCAGUUCUCCGGGCAGUGUGGGACGCGCCAGGUCUGUGAGCUGGACUGCUCUUUCACCGAUCAAAGAGCAGGGGAGUUUGGGUUCAAAUCCCCAGGAGCAACGGUCCCCAACAUCCCCUCUAGCAUCCCCUGUGCCUUCCUCCCCCUUAGCAUCCCCUGCAAAAAGCCCAUUGGUAACCCCUACUGCUCCUCUCCUCCGUCUUAA